GCUGGGGAAGAGAUGCUCUCGGAGUCUUAGAGGAAGAAAAAGAACACUUGCCAAAUGAACACCUCCGAGUCCAAGGCCAAAACUAUGGAACUUGUUGUGCAGCUUGGCCUUGGUCUUCUACUUGUUGCGGGACACUGCAUCCUUGCAACAGCUGCUCCUAGUUCUGCAUGCCAAAUGCAGUGUGGCGAUGUUAAGAUACUGUACCCGUUUGGCAUCGGCAAGAACUGCUCCGUGUCAGGAGAAUUCGAUGUCACCUGUCAGCAAGACACAAAUGGCAUCUCCAAACCAUUCAUCGGUGGCCAUGAGCUCCUGGACAUUUCCUUGACCAAUAGCACCAUUCGCGUGCUCAACCCCAUCACGACCUACUGCUACAACGACACUUGGCACAACAACUCCUCCAUGGUGGUACAACAGCAGAAUGAUAGUAGUAGUGGCUAUUUAGUGGUGAGUGACUUUGUUAGAAACUACCCCCCUUUCCGGUUCUCAGACACCCACAACAAGUUCACUGUCAUCGGGUGCAUCACCGUUGGCUACAUUGGAAACAAUGUCUCUGAAUACACGACCGGUUGCGUCUCGACGUGCGGCUGGAACAUGUCUGAUGGCAGCUCAUGUUCAGGGAUGGGCUGCUGCCAGACACCCAUACCAAAGGGGAUGGACUUGUUUGAUAUAAACCUCCAAGUCAUCACACCAAAUGUUGAUAAAAAAAACCAGACUAAUAGGUUUGGUGGUCUCCAGUGCAACUACGCCGUGCUAAUGGAGGCAGCGGCAUUUUCCUUCAGCACGACAUAUGUCAAUACGACCAAAUUCUUCGACAUGGAUGCUGGGCAGGCACCUGUGGUGCUUGACUGGUCUAUAAGAAAUGACACUUGUCAAGUGGCCCAAAUGAACCUCACAGGUACGUAUGCAUGCCUCAGCACCAACAGCAAGUGCGUUGAUUCAACCAGUGGAUCUCCAGGGUAUGUGUGCAACUGCUCCCUAGGCUAUGAGGGCAAUCCAUAUCUUCCAGGUGGAUGCCAAGAUGUGGAUGAAUGCAAUCAGGUGAGGCCAUGUCCUUCGGAUGGUGUUUGCCACAACACAGUUGGGGGAUACCGAUGUUCUUGUCGAGCAGGAAGGAAAUAUUCUGAGCAAAGCAAUUCAUGCAUCCUUGAUACCGUCAUAGUAGUAGGAGUUACAAUGGGUUUUCUUGCUCUCAUGAUUUUCUGUUUCUGUGGGUACAUGGUUCUUCAAAAGAGAAAGCUGAAGAAUACUAAACAGGAGUAUUUUCGCCAACAUGGAGGCUUGAUUUUGUUUGAUACAAUGAAGUCAGAAAAGGGUCUUGAGUUCACAGUAUUUAGUGAAGCAGAACUCGUACAUGCCACAAACAACUAUGAUAAGAGCAGAAUAAUUGGGAGAGGAGGACAUGGAAUAGUUUACAAGGGUAUAGUUAAGGAUAACAUCCCUGUUGCAAUUAAGAGAUGUACACUCAUUAAUGAAAGGCAAAAGAAGGAGUUUGGUCAGGAAAUGCUAAUACUAUCUCAAAUCAAUCACAAGAACAUUGUCAAGCUUGUGGGAUGUUGCCUCGAGGUGGAAGUUCCUAUGCUAGUUUAUGAGUUCAUCCCAAAUGGCACAUUAUUUCAGCUCAUCCAUGGUACAAACGAGGCAUUGCAAAUCUCGUUCAGCACCCUCCUAAGGAUUGCACAUGAGACAGCUGAAGGACUCAGCUUCCUACAUUCUUAUGCAUCUCCCCCAAUUAUCCAUGGUGAUGUCAAAACCUCCAACAUCCUUCUUGAUGAAAACUACAUGGCGAAAGUCUCCGAUUUUGGAGCUUCCAUACUAGCCCCAUCUGAUAAAGAGCAGUAUGUAACGAUAGUUCAGGGCACCGUGGGCUACCUCGACCCGGAGUACAUGCAGACAUGCCAACUGACUGAAAAAAGUGAUGUCUACAGCUUUGGGGUUGUUCUCCUUGAGGUCCUCACUGGUGAGGCUCCACUAAAAUUGUACGGGCCUGAGGAAAAACGAAGCUUGAGUUCAAAUUUCUUGUCUGCAAUGAAACAGAACGAUCUAUGUGCAGUUGUGGCCAGCCACAUAAAAGAGCAAGAGAGCAUUGAACUGAUUACAGGACUUGGAGAGCUAGCACAGAAUUGUCUUGAUAUGUGCGGCAGCAAUAGACCAUCCAUGAAAGAGGUCGCUGAUGAGCUCAACAGACUGAGGAAACUUUUGCUCCACCCUUGGUUACCACUGAAUAUGGAAGAGAAGGAGACAUCACCAAGACUCCUAGGUGGACCAGCAGACACUAGUUUUCAAACAGAAAAUAGUAUUGUCGAGUAUCCUGUGCUGGAAAGCCAGAACCUGCCCAUGGACUCAAUAAGUUCAAAUUAUGCAAGGUGACUAGAGUUAGUGGGAAUACAGAUUCAGUAUUUAGAACGACCAUCAGAACAAGUUAUAUGUUUCCUGGAACUCGGUGAGCGAGGGUCAUGUAAUAGUAUUAUGUUUCCAAAGAUUUAACAAUUAUCUCGUCCUUAUUCAGAGAACCAAGUGCCUUGUCUUAUUUAUGUAUUUCAAGUUUUGUACCACAAGCAUGUAUACAAAUAUUCAUUUGCAACAUC